CACAACUUACUUAUCAAUGUGCGUGUUUUUUGGUGACAGCAAUCGGAUCUAGGUAUCCAGAGAAAUGAGAGGGAAAUAUCUUUCAUUUUGAUUAUGGCUCUGGAUGCGAGCUCAAAGUUGCAACCUCGUCUAUAGGGCUAUAUGUGAGCAUUGCAACGGCUUCCUCCCUUGCCAGAUGGAAGCAUAGAGUGCAACUCAGAGCUGACCACUCUGCGGGCCCCCACGCAUCUCUCUGUAUUUUCCCCUGUUUCCUUUUGAUGUUUUAUGUGCUUCUUGUUUGGGCAUUGACUUCACCAGUCUUCUCCUGCGUGUACCAUUCUCACAUUAGUGACAUUACACCAACCUCGAAGCAGGCUGUCCAGUUGUCUGAGCUUGUGCACGUCAAUCAGUCCUGAUACUAUGACUGAGCACGGUGCAAGCAUUCAGCCACAGCUUGGUACGGCGGCCGGCAGAGAGCAGCCCGAGCCAGCCACCGAACCGAUGCUGAACGGCAUGGCUACAUCUGAACCAGGCAAUGGUCAGAUGGCAGAUAAAGCAGCCGACGAAGGAAACAUGCAAGAUGUUGAGGCAGCCAUUGACAUUGGCGGGGAAGGUUCUCGGAGUGGCACGCCCAGCAGGUCAGCAGCCGCCGGUAGCCCUGAAUCCAGAACUGAGGCUGAUUUCGAGUUCUUGUGGAGGUUGCGCAAGUAUUUGCUGCUUCUGGCUGUCUUAGCUGUCAGUGUCACUUACAAUGCUGGACUGAACCCGCCAGGAGGGUUUCAGAUGGACAGCACUCUUCACCACAGCGCCAUCCCCGGUGAUCCCCUCCUUCCUGUUAAAUUCUUCCGGCGAUAUGAAGCUUUCUUCUACUGCAAUGCCACAGCCUUUGCUACUUCUCUGGUAUUGAUCAUCUUGCUUCUGAGUAGGGGAGUGGCAAGUAAGCGUUUGUGGCUUCGCUCCAUGCAGGUAACCAUGAUACUGGACCUUUUCAGUCUUAUGGGGGCAUAUGCUGCAGGGAGCUGCAGAGCACUACGGUCCUCUGUUUACAUACUGGUGCUAGUUUGUGCCGUGUUUGUCUAUAUCGGGAUUCAUAUUCUAGUAUUCAUAAGGGUAGUUCCAAUGUGGAUUAAAGAAAAGGUACAGAAAAUCCUACAUCUCAUUCUAGAGAAGCUGCAUGGCAUGCUAAAUCAUAUAAAGCAGAUGCUAUCAAUUUGCCCUGUCUCUGGCGUUGGCGAGCAAAGGAACAGCGGAGAUGAGGAAGAAGAAAUCGAAGAGGCUCGCAAGUUCAUACUGAUGCUUGCGACUUUUGCUGCCACUAUCACAUAUCAAGCUGGGAUGAAUCCACCUGGUGGCUUUUGGGGUGUAAAUGUUCAUGGCUACCGCCCAGGUACUUUUGUUCUCCGCAGACACAACCUCCUCCGCUUUAAUAUAUUUACGUGUUGCAAUGCCACUUCUUUUGUGGCAUCUUUGGUCACUGUCAUACUGCUUCUGAGCACGGAGUUAAGCAUGCAUGGGAUAAGGACCAAAGCGCUAUUUGUGUGCGUGAUAGCUGAUCUGUUUGGUCUCAUUGGCGCUUAUGCUUCAGGGAGCAGCAGGAAUGUUGCAACAUCAUUGUCGGUGGUACUCAUUGUUAUUGUGGUUCUAAUCUGUGUUCUGGUCCUUGUUAUGUUUCUUCAAUCCGAAACUGCAACAUUUUGGAUAGAUAAGGAGCUGAAGCCAGCAGUUAAUAAGUUUCUGAGUAUGCUGUCAUGGGGACGGGACAGUCACCUAUCUAAUUUGAAGCAAAAUGAUUCUCAGAAAACUCACCAGCAAGGUACAGAGCUCGAUUCUCAACGAACUCAACCAGAGGACACUGAGCUAGAUUCUCCGCGAACUCAGCAUCAAGACACGGAGCUUGAUUGUCAGCAUACUACCCAGCAAGAGACAGAGCUUGAUUCUCAGCGAACUCACCAGCAAGACACAGAGCUUGAUUCUCAGCGAACCCAGCAAGAUAGAGAACUUGGUUCAAAGAGAAGUCAGCAGCAAUAUACAGAGCAUUCAAGUCGAGAUACAGAAGUAAAUGGUGGCGUGUCCAAUUUGCAGUCCUGCUCUGCUGACAGUAAUCUUGUAUCAACUGGAGAUGUGAGAUCUGCAUCAGCCAGUGAUUUGAAUAGCAUGGAGGAAAAUAACCCCAGUGUGCUAAACCAGUCUCAUGAUUGGAGUGAGCAAGCUGUUGAAACUGUAUGCUCAUCAUCGACAGAUGCCCUAACUACCGAGGAAAUUCACACACACAACAUCGAAGUACAAUUUGCUGGCAGUCAACAGAUUGCAAUACCCAUGGGACCAUCUUCACCAAGUGAUAGUGGAAAGCCCAUCCAUGGUAUUCUGCCAUUGCAGGGCUCGGUGGACCAGAAUGCAGCAUCUGGUGACCUCAGGAUGGAGAAAUCCUCUGAGGAGCAACUUAUAUUACCCAGAAGCCAUGGGGAUGCUGCAGAAAAUCAUGCUCAGCCAAUGUCCAGUCACCAUAUUGGUGUAGAGAAUGGUGGUGAAAUUAAACUAGAGAUUGGCGGCACUGAGAAUGGUCAAGCUGCACAACAUGAAGAGAAAAGUAGUGAUUGUAGCUAUAGAAAUCCAGAGGAUGUUCUUCUGAAGAAGUCACGGACUUAUCUAUUGCUCCUUGCAAUUCUUGCAGUGUCUUUGACAUAUCAAGCUGGUCUAAAUCCACCAGGUGGUUUCUGGACAUCAAAUGUGAGUGAUCACUCGGCUGGUGACCCCAUUCUUGAGGAUAAUUACCAUAAGAGAUACCUUGCUUUCUUUUAUUUCAAUGCCACUGCAUUUGCAGCCUCCCUUGUCAUUAUCCUUAUGCUCCUGAGUAGAAAGAUGAGCAACAGGGUUAUAAAACGCCGCGCAGUACAGACAGCAAUGAUAACUGACAUGCUUGCGCUGAUGGGGGCUUUUGUUGUUGGGAGCUGCAGGGAGAAAACAAAAUCUAUUUACAUAUCAGUUGUGAUAUUUCCUGUUGUUGCAUAUGUUUCUCUCCAUGUUUUAGUAUCGAGGCAUAUAAUCCCUGGAUGGAAAGAAUGUGUUUCCAAAAGGAUAAUCCCUGGAUGGAAAGACUGUGUACUGCCAAAAUCACCUCAGACAGAUAAGAAGUCCAGAGAUGCCAUGGAGAAGGACUUGGAGCGAAGGCGUAAUUUGCUCUUGAUUCUUGCUAUUCUGGCAGCAACUGUCACGUACCAAGCUGGCCUGAACCCUCCAGGAGGCAUUUGGCCUGAUGAGCACAGUAAGGGUGGCCGGCCAGGAAAUCCAGUUCUACAAGACAGCCACCCAAGGCGGUAUGAUGUUUUCUACUACUCGAACAGUGUCUCAUUUGUGUCAUCUGUGGCUGUCAUCAUACUUCUUGUUAACAGAGAAUCAUGUGAGCAUGGGAUCAAGUCAUAUGCACUACGUGUGUGCUUGAUAGCGGGAUUGCUCGGCCUCCUAGUUGCUUAUUCUGCAGGAAGCUGCAGGAAAGUAAAGUCGGUAAUUUAUCUCAUUGUCAUUGCUGCUGCAGUUCUGAUAUGUCUUGCAGUCCAAGUUCUUGUGCUCUCAUCAACACAAGGUGCAUUAGAAGGGCCACUGACCUGGUUAAGGACAUGGUUGCGGAAGAUUUUUCAUCUAAAGACUGAUUCCGGUGUACCGCUGGAUAGUUCAGAAGAGUCAAACAAGAAGAAUAAUGCUCCUGGUUCAGCCCCCAGAUCAACGAUAAGAAGGAAAGGAAGAGACAGAAGUACUUGAUGCUGCUUGCGAUUCUUGCUGCAUCCAUUGCGUACCAAGCUGGUCUAAACCCACCUGGUGGCUUCUGGCCAGAUGACACCUCGAGCGGUUACAAGGCUGGUAACCCGGUGCUUAAAGACAUAAACUACAGGCGCUACCUGGUAUUCUUUGUCUUCAAUUCGAUCUCUUUCAUGUCAUCUAUUGCCGUUGUCCUACUUCUGCUGAGUAAAUCUGUGAGAAAGAAGAAGGUUCCGCUCCAAGCACUGCACGUCAUCAUGAUACUAGACCUGUUGGCUCUGAUGACAGCUUAUGCAGCUGGAAGUUGCAGAAAGUUCAGGACUUCAAUAUUUGUCUUGGUGGUAGUAUGUUGCGUGGUGGUGUACCUUCUGGUUGUUAUUAUUUUGUCAAGUGGUAUAGCAAAAUGGCUGAAGAAAAAGAAAGGAAGGUGGCUUCCUUGCUGGGGAUGUCCUAGCCAUGACACUGCAACGGACACAAUGCCACCUGUGCGGGAUGUUUGAACAUCGUUCUUCUUUGCCAUUGUAAUGUCUAUUGUACUUGGAAUGGGAACUGUGAGUGUGUAAGUGUCUAAGUUGUAUGUUUGGCUUAUGCCUUCUAUUAGCUAGACAAAUGAUUAUGGUCUUUGUUC